CCACUUCUAUUAGUUAAAAAUUAAACAAGUUCGGAUAACAAGUACUUUCUAUGCGAGUCUAGUUUCACCAAUUGUAAACCAAGAUUUUUCCAUUCCUACGUAAAAUUUGUAAGGAAUAAAUGAUUGCUUGGAAAAAAAUCUCAUAAUUGUCAUUAUAAAAAAUAAGUUUUAUGCUAAAAAAUAUCGAGUUACAUUGUCCUUGUUUUCAGUCGUGGGGUCAACCGUUCUUUAACAAACACAACUUUUUUCAAAUUAUUAUAACUGUUGAUAAAAAAAACAUAACGUUGAAAUUUCUGAAAACAUAUGUUUUCGAGUCUACCAUAUUCGACCAUCGAUGUUCCAAUUCGAUCCAUUCAGAUCUGCUACAACGAUUACCCGGUCUUUCCAACUCUCGUUGCCAUAGAAACGAUGAGGCUUGAGAAGCCAAACAGAAAGUGCAUCGUUUACGUUUCGCCACGUUUUCUACUUGCGAGUUAGUUACGGGCUAAAUACCAUUACACAAAAUGUCAUUCCGCGAUUUGCGAAAUUUCACAGAAAUAAUGAGAGUCCUUGGUUAUCCCCGUCUAAUUUCACUGUCGAACUUUCGUGUACCGAAUUUUCCUCUUGUUGCUGAAAUAUUGAUUUGGCUAGUACAGAGGAUCGAACCGGAUACUGAUUUGCCAACAGAUCACACGAACGAACAAGAUCGAGUUGCCCUCAUCCGCAGAGUCGCCGAGUUUAUGGCUUUGAAAACGAACGUUAAACUGAACACGAAGAAACUUUAUCAAGCGGAUGGAUAUGCUGUUCAAGAGAUGCUAAAAAUUGCAUUUUUGCUUUACGAGGCUCAAACGACCAGUGCGAUAGACAACAUUCUGUCCGAUGACUCAAGAGCUUUGCGAAAUUUCGAUAUUACUGAUAAAAUUAACGAGCUGAAAGGUACGAGGCAAUUGGCUAGUCAAUUGACAGUAAACGGUGCAACGCUUUUCGAUCUUCUUGGUCGCGAAGUCGAAUUACGUGAGAUGAGAGAUUCCAAAGUUGCUCGACAGUACGAUACCACGGAAAUCAAUGCUGCUCUGAGAGAAGUUAUUGACGCCACCAGAAAAGAGAUUGAAGAGACCAAGUCACAAAUUGACAAUGUCAAGGAUAACGAACAAAGUCUCGAAGUUCGUAUCGAGAGACGUCGCACCGAAUUGGAUAGAAACCAAAAGAGACUUCAAACUCUCAAGAAAGUGCGUCCAGCUUUUAUGGAAGAAUUUGAAAAGCUCGAGAUAGAAUUGCGCUCCGUUUACGAUGAUUAUCUUCAAAAGUGUCGUUAUCUCGCUUAUCUUGAGCACCUUUACGAAGAUGCUGCGAAAGCUGAGCAGGAGAGAUUCGAAAGAAGACAAGCUGCGACGAAAAAACAGCUAGAACAAUUGCGUGCCGAGGAUGCGAGUUUUGAGAGUAUAAUGGAAGGAAACGAUUCUAUAUUCGCAACGAAUCUUCAAGAUCCUUUGGCUUUGGGUGAUGUCGAGCAGAGAGCUACAGAAAAAUCUGGUGGCAGUCAAGCUGUUCGUCCAAAGCAAGAAACGGCCGGGCGAUCGUCCCGCGUUCAAAUCGGUAAUCAGCGAAGGAUCUACGGUAGCAUGUCCGGUCGACAAAGAGGACCAAUACGAGAAGCAAACGACAGCGCUGGUUCGUUGGACAGUGACAGUGAUUUAUUGAUCGACGGUGAUUUGGACGACGACGACGACGACGACGACGACGAUGACGAAGAUGAGGACGACGAUCUCAUGAAUCCACCCGCUCAUCACGAGAUUGCAGGGUUCGACAUUAAAAAUAAUCCUGAAAAACGAUCGGUCAGCAAGAUCGAACAUUCGGACGAAGAUUUUUAAUGAAAACAAAUUCGUGGACAUAGGAGAAUCAAUGGAACAGAAACGACUCAA